CUUCCGUUCGUUGGAAUUCUCGAGAACCCCUUUCAACAUUACAUUCCAUCCCCAUUCAAAAGCACUGCAACAAACCCAAGCGCCCUCUCUCUCUCUCUCUCUCUCUCUCUCUCUCUCUCCUGUUCAAUCACGACUUCUCUCUCUAGUAUCUGGUCUCUAGUCUCAAGUCUCUCGGCGGAGUUGUUCGUCUCACCGGAUAACAACAAAAAGAAGCUAGUAUUUUCUGUUUUUGGUUUCUUCUGCCAAGUUAAAAGAAAGAGAGAGGGGAAAUGCCAGAGAUGGAAGGUCCAGCAAAGGCUCCCCCCCAAAUCUCCGAAAUGUUUCAGAAGUUCGCCUUGGCCUUCAAGACCAAAACCAUCGAAUUCUUCGCGGACGAAGAAGACGACGAUGCCGAUCCCCUCUCCCUUCUCGACUCCACUGAAGAAGUCAUCACCGGUCAGCGCGUCGUCGUCAUCAAGCCCGAUCAACUCAUUAAGCCAACCCCACCUGCCCAACUGCAGCAGCAGCAGCAGUAUCACCAACACCAGCAAUUACCAUCACCACCACCUCAACAACAACAACCACAACAACAAAAUGAGAGAGAUCGUUACCACCCCGACAAUCUCCAAAUCGUCCAAACCCUAAUCUCUUCCCUCUUCGCCACCAUUUCCUCCUUCGAAGCUUCUUAUUUGCAAUUUCAGACUGCUCAUGCCCCUUUCGAUGCCGACAAUAUAAAGACGGCUGAUCGAGCUUUGGUCUCGCACCUUCAGAGACUAUCCGAGUUGAAACAAUCUUAUAGGGAUUUUCGCAAGAACCCUACCCCUAACCCCAAUUUCCCUAUCGCUUUGUCUGAUUUGGAAGCUCAGGUACAGGAGAAUCAGAGUCUGCUCCGUACUUUGGAGAUAGUCGUCAACACGUUACAGUCCGAUAUCGAUCUCAAAGAUGCUGAGGUUUCCACAAUGAAGCAAAAGUUGGAGAAAAUUCAAAAUUCCAAUCUCAGGUUAUCCAAGAGGCUGUGUAAUUCGAAUUCUACUUCGUCAUUGAAUUCUUAUUCUUCUUCAUCUUCUUCAUCGUCCGCGUCCUCGUCUGUUUCUUCUUCUUCUUCUUCUUCUGAGGUUCUAUUGUCUGUCGGAGUUUUCAGUUCGGUUUUACAGGACGCUUGCAGAUCGGUGCAUAGUUUUACUAAGCUCUUGAUCUCUUUGAUGAAGAAAGCCGGGUGGGAUUUGGAUUUGGCUGCGAACUCCGUUCAACCGGGUAUCGACUACGUGAAGAGGGGGCAUAAUCGGUAUGCGUUUCUCUCGUACGUUUGUUUAGUAAUGUUUGAAGGCUUCGAUUUAGAGGGUUUUGGCUUGGGAGGAGAUGAAAUCGAGUAUAAUGGAGUUGAUUUGAGUAUUCGGAGGAAAAAUUCUUUGAGGCAAUUUGUCGAGCACGGUACAGGUAACGAGAUGGAGCUUCUAAAUAGGGACCCAAGUGGUGAUUUCGCCAGGUUUUGUGAGAACAAGUACGAGCAGCUAAUUCACCCUACCAUGGAGUCCUCUCUGUUCAAAACCUUGGACCAGAACGAACUUGUGUUGAGUUCUUGGAGGGCUUCCGCUGCUUUCCACGAGUUGUUUGUAAACAUGGCUAGUUCCAUUUGGAUGCUGCAUAAGUUGGCAUUCUCGUUCGAUCCACCGGUUGAGAUUUUUCAGGUGGAGAGAGGGGUUGAUUUCUCGAUGGUUUACAUGGAAAACGUCACGCGGGAAGGUGUGACACGAGACCAAACAAGAGCGAAGGUUGGUUUCACAGUUAUUCCAGGAUUUAGAAUUGGGAGGACCGUCAUUCAAUCUCAGGUGUAUCUAAUUGGCACCAAGCGUGCAGAUUGAGUGUAUCCUUGUUUCCCAGUGUAAAAGCCAGAAUGAAGAAGAGAAGCACAUAUUGGUUCUUCAUCCAAAUCAUUAGUAUUCGACUUAUGGGAGGAGCAAAUGGUGAAAACAAUUGGGUAUAACGCAUUUGAUUUAUGAAGGGGGCUCCCCAUAUUUGGUGUCUUUCUUCGCAAUUAGAUAGAUCUUGGAUGACUUUGGCUUGUUGGGCUGCAAGAUUGAUGCCAGAAUUCUGCAUAUGACCCAGGACAGAAUGCCGAGCUUGAAAGGAACCUCGGCUUUGGUGUAAAACAAGUGAUUAGAUUGGCAUCCAAAGGAUGCUUCAUUUCAAUGCACAGUUGUGCUUCUUCUCUUUACUGAUUACAGAGUUCUGCUUUCCACUUUCAUUACUGAUUGGGGUUUUCUGUUAUACCUCCCUUGUAGAGCUGCUUGUAAAGAAAAUAUUUUCUUUCUCCCCUUUCAUCUCCUUGAUUGGUAAACCAGACAGCACAAUACCAUACGAAUUUGUGUAUCUGAAUCAAGUAUUUCUCAUAAUUAC